AGUCACUGUCCCCAGACACCGGAGGGUCCCUGGAGGGGAAACGAUUGACACAGCUGCCUGCACUGUGCCGCGAGCCUUCCAGCGCCGCACCUGCGUCUCGUCGCGUGGCCAGGAACUGGAACUGGUUCCCGAGUUGGUGAAGUGUCCAUCAGGCCCGCAGCCAGAACCCAUACAGUUCGCCAGCUCCGGAACCGGGCUUUAGACACCAAGACCUUGCGGAAGAGAACUACAACUCCCGUCGGGCCUCGCGCUCCAGCCAAUCGUGGCAGCCGGCGCGUGCGGGGCGCGGCGCCUGCGCGGCGGUUUGAGUAAGCGGCCGUACGAUUGGCUGCGGGGUCGGGCGGCCGCGCGGGGCCUGUGGGAAGCGGAGUGACGGAGCGAGCGGCUGUUGGAGGAAGGAGGUGGGGGCCGGGAGCGCAAAUGGCGUUGAGAUGGUUCAGGGCCCUGUUCAAACUCCAGCGCUGACCAUUCACCGGCGGAGGCGGCGGCGCAGGAGGCGGCGGCGGCUUAGCUGGGGCACGUAGCAGCCUCGGCACCGGCGGCGGCCGCCAGGGAGGCCUAGGCCCUGUCCGGCCGGCGCGCCCGAGGUGGGGAGGGAAGUUGCGGGGCCGCCGCUCACCCCCCCCCCCCUCGACCGGGCUUCCUAUUUACCGAAGCGGAGCGGCGGACUGUGACGGCAGCACAGCCCCUCGCCUCUCUUGGCGCACCGGUCGGCACUGUUCUCUCGCGCGGGGCUCCCGCGUCCGCCCGUGGGCCGUUGGGAGCGGGAGAGGCGGAGGCGGCCCGAGGCCAAAGCACCCGCCAGGCGCCGAGGGGAAUAUGAAACAGGUGUCAAAAUGACAUCCAGAUUUGGGAAAACUUACAGUAGGAAAGGAGGAAAUGGCAGUUCAAAAUUUGAUGAAGUUUUUUCCAACAAACGGACUACUCUUAGUACAAAAUGGGGAGAGACCACAUUUAUGGCUAAAUUAGGGCAGAAGAGGCCCAAUUUCAAACCAGAUAUUCAAGAAAUUCCGAAGAAACCUAAAGUAGAAGAAGAAGAUACUGGAGAUCCUUUUGGUUUUGAUAGUGAUGAUGAGUCUCUACCUGUUUCUUCAAAAAGUUUAGCCCAGGGUAAGGGUUCCUCUUACUCAGAAUCCAGUGAAGCUGUUCAGCUGGAAGAAGUCACUUCAGUACUUGAAGCUAAUAGCAAAUGUAGUCAUGCGGUGGGUGAAGACAGUUUUGCUUCUGAUAGAUGCUUACUUGUGGAGGAUUCUUUAAUUGGGAAAGAAAAGAACACAAAUAGAAUUCCAGAAGACAAUGCAAACAAAAGUAGUUGUACUAAGUUGAUAACUUCAGAUAAAGUGGAGAAUUUUAGUGAAGAACAUGAAAAAAAUAGUCACCAUUUUCACAAGAAUGCUGAAGAUAGUACUAAGAAGCCCAAUGCAGAGACUGUAGCGGCUUCUGAAUGUAAAGCUGAUGAGACUAAAACAAGUGAUACUUGGAAUUCCCAGUCUGCAAAAAGAACAGAGUCUCCAUCUGAAAGUUGUCCAGUCAAAGGAUCUGUAAGAACUGGUUUAUAUGAAUGGGAUAAUGAUUUUGAAGAUAUCAGAUCAGAAGACUGUAUUUUAAGUUUGGAUAAUGAUUCUCUUUUGGAGAUGAAGGAUGAGGAUUUAAAAAAUCGGAUUGGAGGAUUGGAAAAUCUAAACGAAGCCUUUGAAGAAGAUAUUAUACAAAGUGUUCUUAGGCCAAGCAACUGUAGGACGUACUGUAGGGCCAAUAAAGCAAAAUCCUCACAGGGAACGUCAAAUUUUGAUAAGCUAAUGGAUGGCACCAGUCAGACCUUAGCCAAAGCAAACAGUGAAUCAAGUAAAGAUGGCCUGAAUCAGGCAAAGAAAGGUAGUGUAAGUUGUGGGACCAGUUUUAGAGGAACAGUUGGACGGACUAGAGAUUACACUGUUUUACAUCCAUCUUGCUUGUCAGUUUGUAAUGUUACCAUCCAGGAUACUAUGGAAAGGAGUAUGGAUGAGUUCACGGCGUCCACUCCUGCAGAUUUAGGAGAAGCUGGCCGGCUCAGAAAAAAGGCAGAUAUUGCAACUUCCAAGACCACUACUAGAUUUCGACCUAGUAAUACUAAGUCCAAAAAGGAUGUUAAACUUGAAUUUUUUGGUUUUGAAGAUCAUGAUGAGACAGGAGGUGAUGAAGGGGGUUCUGGAAGUUCUAAUUACAAAAUUAAAUAUUUUGGCUUUGACGAUCUCAGUGAAAGUGAAGAUGAUGACGAUGAUGACUGUCAAGUGGAAAGAAAGAAAGACAAAAAAAGAACUAAAACAGCUCCAUCACCUUCCCAGCAGCCUCCUCCUGAAAGCAGUGACAAUUCCCAGGAUAGUCAGUCUAGUACUAAUAAUGCAGAGGACUUGCCUGGUGUGCCUGAGAGUGUGAAGAAGCCCAUAAGUAAACAAGGAGAUAAAUCCAAGGAAAACACCAGAAAGAUUUUUAGUGGCCCCAAACGGUCACCUACAAAAGCUGUAUAUAAUGCCAGGCAUUGGAACCAUCCAGACUCAGAGGAACUGCCUGGACCACCAAUAGUAAAACCUCAGAGUGUCACAGUGAGGCUGUCUUCAAAGGAACCAAAUCAAAAAGAUGAUGGAGUUUUUAAGGCUCCUGCACCACCACUCAAAGUGAUAAAAACUGUGACAAUACCUACUCAGCCCUACCAAGAAAUAGUUACUGCACUGAAAUGCAGAAAAGAAGACAAAGAAUUAUAUACUGUUGUUCAGCACGUGAAGCACUUCAAUGAUGUGGUGGAGUUUGGUGAAAAUCAAGAGUUCACUGAUGACAUUGAAUACUUGUUAAGUGGCUUAAAGAGUACUCAGCCUCUAAACACACGUUGCCUUAGUGUUAUCAGCUUGGCUACUAAAUGUGCCAUGCCCAGUUUUCGAAUGCAUCUGAGAGCACAUGGGAUGGUUGCAAUGGUCUUUAAAACUCUAGAUGAUUCCCAGCACCAUCAGAAUCUGUCCCUCUGUACAGCUGCUCUCAUGUACAUAUUGAGUAGAGAUCGUUUGAACAUGGAUCUUGAUAGGGCCAGCCUAGAUCUCAUGAUUCGGCUUUUGGAACUGGAACAAGAUGCUUCUUCAGCUAAGCUACUGAAUGAAAAAGACAUGAACAAGAUCAAAGAAAAAAUCCGAAGACUCUGCGAAACCGUGCACAAUAAGCAUCUUGAUCUAGAGAAUAUAACGACUGGUCAUUUAGCUAUGGAGACAUUGCUCUCCCUCACUUCCAAACGAGCAGGAGAUUGGUUUAAAGAAGAGCUCCGGCUUCUGGGUGGUCUGGAUCAUAUUGUAGAUAAAGUAAAAGAGUGUGUGGAUCAUUUAAGUAGAGAUGAGGAUGAAGAGAAACUAGUAGCCUCAUUAUGGGGAGCAGAAAGAUGUUUACGAGUUCUGGAGAGUGUAACAGUGCAUAAUCCAGAGAAUCAAAGCUACUUGAUAGCCUAUAAAGAUUCACAACUCAUUAUUUCAUCAGCUAAAGCAUUACAGCAUUGUGAAGACCUGAUUCAGCAGUAUAACCGCGCUGAGAACAGCAUCUGUAUAGCAGACAGUAAACCUCUGCCUUACCAGAAUGUAACUAACCAUGUGGGCAAAGCAGUGGAGGACUGCAUGAGGGCGAUCAUUGGGGUAUUGCUCAAUUUAACUAAUGAUAAUGAGUGGGGCAGCACAAAGACAGGAGAACAAGAAGGACUCAUAGGCACAGCGAUGAACUGUGUCCUUCAGGUUCCAAAGUACCUACCUCAGGAGCAGAGAUUUGAUAUCCGAGUGCUGGGAUUGGGUCUACUGAUCAAUCUGGUGGAGUAUAGUGCCCGGAAUCGACACUGCCUUGUCAACAUGGAAACAUCCUGUUCCUUUGAUUCCUCCUUCUCUAGUGGAGAAGGAGAUCAUAAUUUAAGGCUAGCUGGACAAGUUCAUGCUGUUCAGGCUUUAGUACAGCUAUUUCUCGAACGAGAAAGAGCGGCGCAGUUGGCAGAAAGUAAAACAGAUGAGUUGAUCAAAGAUGCUCCCACCACCCAGCACGAUAAGAGUGGAGAGUGGCAGGAAACAAGUGGAGAGAUACAGUGGGUGUCGACGGAAAAGACUGAUGGUGCUGAGGAGAAGCAGAAGAAGGAAGAUGAGGAUGAAGAACUUGACCUCAAUAAAGCCCUUCAGCAUGCUGGCAAACACAUGGAAGACUGCAUCGUAGCCUCUUACACAGCCCUGCUUCUUGGGUGUCUCUGCCAGGAAAGUCCAAUCAAUGUAACUACAGUAAGAGAAUAUCUUCCAGAAGGAGAUUUCUCCAUAAUGACAGAGAUGCUUAAAAAAUUCUUAAGCUUCAUGAAUCUUACCUGUGCUGUUGGAACAACAGGCCAGAAGUCUAUCUCUAGAGUGAUUGAGUAUUUGGAACACUGCUAGCUGCUUUACCUUUGCUUCAGGUGCUUGGUAAUGCUGGAGCUCUCCUUAGACAGAGAACAGACAGGAAAGAAGUCCUGGAAGACAAACCAAGAACGUUCAUCAGUAUCAUUCGUGUUUGGAUUUUUAUGAUCACCUGAUUUCUUCAUCAUGCAUUCUGCAUUUGCUAAAUGACAGUUACUACAUCAAUCUGCAGCUAUCAAAAAUGAGGGAAAAGGUUCAGGCUGUUAACAGUCCCAUGCAGUAUUUAAAUACACUUACUUGGCAGAGUCUAUGCCCUCCCCUUCUUUCCUUGCUUUGUUUCAGGCAAGGGUUAAAGGGGGAAAUUGUGCUGCUGUUAGUGCAACUGCUGUGUAUGUUGAGCCACUGUUGUCAUGCCAGUCAGGUGCAAGGCAGCCUAGCUACUGAGCUGUUGAGUGUCCGAGGACAUUCGAGACAGCAGCUUAGGUCCUUUUUCAGGCUCAUUUGCUUUUGCUUUUUGUUGAAUGAUUCCAAUCGUAAAUAAAGCUUUUAAUAAUUUUGUGAAUUUUUUUUGGUUGUUGUUCCCUGAACUACUGUCUAUAUUUAAAAUUAGAUGGAAUCCAAAGACACAAGGGAUUAAUAGUAUAUUUUUUUAUUCUUGAUUAGGUUUGGGUGUUGAACUAUUUUUCACUUCUGAGACCAUGACCAUAUUCAAUGUCAUACCAUUAUGUGUCAUAGCUAUAGGCACAAGAAAACAAAUAGCAGUUUGAGGGAAUAUUAUAUUAUAUAAGAUAAUGUGCCCUGUUAAAGGAUUAAGCAAAAAUAGACAAACCCAGGGUAGUUUACACUUAAUGCUAGGGAGGCUCUUGAAACAUUGUUAAGUUUUGAGGGAAGUUCUCUAGAUAUAUUUUCUAAUGUUCAGUACAGUAAAAUAUAAGGAAGCUAAAACACCAAUGUGGAAUUCAUUUUUCCAGAUAGCGUGUAUAUUCUUCUAUAGAGUGACAGGAUCAAUUGCAUAUGCGCAAAGCCUUAAAAUUGCAGGUGUAGAGAAGACCCUUUUUAUUCACAUCCUAUGUUCAUAGAGCAAUUGUUUAGACAAUGAUUGUGGAACACACAGAACAUGGUUUAUAGGUUAAAUUUCAUAGUUUUUUUUUUCUUUUUUUCCUGUAUUGUUCAGACCACUGGUUAUACAUUUCCCCCUUUUUAUUAAUCUGCCUGAGGACAGACAGGCUUUCCAGAGAUGUUUCAUUAAUACUUUUAAUUACCUUUCAGGUAGUUCCAUCAUGUUUCUUCAUUGGAUUUGUAAAACUUGAAGCCAUAAAAAUAUUAGUUUGGUGUGUAUUGGGGAAAAUAGCUGAAAGUCUAAUUUUGACUCAUUUUAGACUUUGUUAUUUCCUUGUAUAAAGUAACAAACCGGGGCUCUUGUAUCAGUGCCAUCUGUAAUGUUUUUAAAUGCAGUGGCUGCCUUCUAUUGUCUUCCUAUUUUUGAUAAUGCAGAUUGUUGGGAAAUCUAUAAGGAAGUAACUGACUCUAGGCAAAUUGUUUUCUUCCUUCUACCCACCCAAACCCUACCCAUCACCUUUUUGGAACACAGUAUGCCAGUGUAAUGUGGGAACCAUUGAGACUGUAUUUGCCCUGAGUACCAAACUAAUUUAGUGAACUUUUUUCUUUUAAAGCAUACUGGUAAAUGAUGUCCACAAAUUUCCUUAGAUAUAUUUUAAUUAAUUGUUUUAAAGUACAUUGAUAUUUAUUAAUCAUUGGAUUUGGGGAGCAGAUUUUUGACUGUGGCAGAUGGUAAGGAACAGAACAGUAAAUAGUUGGACGAGAUCAAUCAGGGCGAAUUACAUUUUUUCUGUUACACUGGUGAUCAUUUGAUAAUUGAUUUACCUCAGUGUUUAACAGUUUUUGUUUUGUUUUAAAAAUACUAACUAAUUGUCAAGCACUGAUAGAGAUGCAGGUUUUGGUGGGUGUGGGUUGUGAGGAAGAUCUCACCUUACCAACUGCAGUGCAUUUCUGUGUUUUUAACCCUCAGAGAACUCUCAUUUUAGGGUACUUGAGGCUGACUUGCAAAUUAACUAAAGUUUUAAGGUAACCUUUUUUCCAUUGUAAAUAUUUCUGUAAAUACUACCAGUUGGAUAUUAGAACAGUAGGAUACUUUUCUGAAUCCAAUCCUAUUUUUAUUUUAUACAGUAUUUCUCAGCUGUGAUCUUUGGAGCAAAAGCCAACGGCAGGAAAAAAUAGUUUGUACCAGUUUCAUGAAGUAUGUCUUUGGGUUUUUGUAAAUAAUUUUAACUCAAAUAAAAUUGCUACUUUAAAUACA